AUGGAAGAAGUCGUUUAUUACAAUUGUGAAGGUUUUGGAGAUGAUAAAAACAGUGCUCAAGUGAAUGGUAUUGCUACUUCAAUUCAUUCCCAAAGCCAUAAUCUUGCAUUUCGUCAAUCGUCAUCAUAUCCUCAUGGCUCUGCUAUAACUGGUACAAAUCCAGGCGAUAGAGUAUUUGUUGCUUCGAAGGGUAAAGCCUUGAUCAGUGUUUACACUUGGGGUAAAGAAUCACCAGACCAAAGAAUUCCAGUUCCUGAACAAUUGACUGCCUUGACAUUAUGUCCAAACUCACAAGAAUUAUAUACAGAGAACUUUGAAAGUGAAGAUGAAUCAAAUAUCCCUAAAUUCAGACUACCGUACUUGUUAAUUGGUGGUGGUGUAAGUGGUAUGAUCUAUACAUGGGAAUUGAAUUCGGGUUUGUUAUUAAGUGUUAAAGAAGCUCAUUAUCAAAGUAUAUCUGCUUUGAAAACAACAAAUGAUGGUUCAUUCUUAGUUUCAGCUGGUAAAGAUGCAAGAAUCUUGAUAUGGAAAAUCACUGAUCUUGUCUCAUUUGUUAAAGAUGACGAUAGAGUUAUAAAACCUGUCCAUGUCAUUUCUGAUAACACUUUAGAAAUUACAGACAUUUUCAUCAACAAUAGUAUUUACCAAGAUACAAAACUUUAUACAGUCUCAAGAGAUUGCACAAUACGUAUAUAUGAUAUUGUCAAGUUCCAAUUAUUAUCAACAUUCAUCAUUGGUCAACAAAUAGAGUCUAUUGUUGUUGAUUCUGCAGAUAGAGCAAUUUAUAUUGGGUUGUCUAAUGGUAACAUUCGUCAAAUUAAUAUUUAUGAGCCAAAUCCGGCAACCAAUAUCUUGGAAGCUAGAGGUGGGUUUGGUAAAGUUGUCACAUUAUCCGAAGAUCAUCAAUUAACAAACACGUUAACACAUCAUAGUCCAAACGCCGUUACAAGUUUGGCAUUAUCAUUAGACGGCUCUUUAAUAAUAUCUGGUGAUUCAAUUGGUAAAGUUACUGUCGCCGAUGUUGUUUCAAAACAAGUUGUCAAAGAAUUAAAAGAAUUGGGAAGUAAAAUAACGAACAUUCAAGUUAUUAAUUUUUAUAAAUCUAAUCAAAUUGUUGAAAAGACACAGAAAGCUAUUCCGCAAUUCAAAAGAAUUAUUUCAAACAAAAAUCCUAAAGAACAAGAAGUUGUUUACCAAAUUGGUGAAGAUGAUGAAAAAAAGUUGUUUGACAUUGAUGCACAUUUGGAUAGAGUAGCUCAAGAAGCACUUCAAUUUGAAAAUCUAACUACAAUCAACUCUGAAGUUGUCAUGACUGAUGCUUAUGAUGGAUCAAGUAGUGAGAAAGUUCAAGAGUUGGAAGGAAAAGUUACAAAAGCCACCAAGGCAUAUACCGAUCUUAGAAAGAUGUACGAAGAUUUAUACUCUGAGCAUACUAAGUUAUUGGAGAAUCAAUGAAUUGCAUAAUAUAUGAUAUUGUCAACAGCUUAGCAUU